AUACCCAAAUUCUCACACACUGUUUACUACUAUAUCCUACAUGGUUUUCAAAUCACAGUCGUGACUUCACCAUCAAAGACUUUCCAGUUUUCCUCCAAUGGAAAACUCAUAACUGUGCCUCUAGUAUACAAUCACAAACUUAAUCGCAAUUUCAACUCAUGAUUCUAUUCUAUAUAUAUCACUUUCAAAUCGUUUUCUCUAACAAAACAACAAAAUGAGCACCACCACCGUCGCCGCCACCCGCAGCGGUUUCCCCCUGGUGUUACAACAAUACACGGCGCUGUUAAGAAAAAACGCGCUGCUCUCAUGGCGGAGCAAGAGAGCGACGCUGCUGCAGGUACUCUCACCACUCAUCUUCAUCUUCCUCAUAUUCGCGGUGGACAAAGCAAUCGAAGCGCAAACCUCAACCUCAUCCCAAUACAAGAGCGUGAAGGAUCCUCCGUCGCAACCGUCUCCUCCGAUUCCUCCAUGCGAGGAGAAAUUCUUCAUCAAGCUUCCCUGCUACGACUUCGUUUGGAGCGGCGACUCGAACCCCAAGUUUAGCACCAUCGUUCGCCGCAUCAUGAGCAAUAACCCUGGGAGGCCGAUUCCGGCGUCGAAGGUGAAGAGUUUCAGUGAUAAAAUGGAGGUGGAUUCGUGGCUGUUGAGUAACCCUAUGCAUUGUCCUGGUGCGCUUCAUUUUGCUGAGAAGAACAGCACUGUGUUCAGUUAUGGGUUGCAGACGAAUUCAACCGCUGUGCAGAAGAGAGGGAAGUAUGAGGACCCUACUGCUUCGUUUCAGCUCCCUCUUCAGCUCGCGGCGGAGCGUGAAAUUGCCAGAUACCUGAUUGGAGACCCGAAUUUCAGCUGGAAUGUGUUUUUGAAGGAAUUCGCGCACCCGGCUCAGAGUCCUUUUUCUGCUGUGGGGACGAUAGGACCUGCAUUUUUUCUCGCGAUUGCCAUGUUUAAUUUCGUUCUUCAGAUGAGCGCUUUGGUUGGGGAGAAAGAGCUUAAGCUUCGCCAGGCAAUGAACGUGAUGGGCCUUUACGACUCUGCCUACUGGUUAUCCUGGCUCACCUGGGAGGCUGUUGUUACCAUCUUAUCAUCCCUUCUCAUAGUUUUGUUUGGGAUGAUGUUUCAGUUUGAUUUUUUCUUGAAGAACAGUUUUGCGGUUGUAUUUGUUUUGUUCUUCCUGUUUGAACUCAACAUGACUGGCUUGGCCUUCAUGUUAUCUGCUUUCAUUAGUAAAUCAUCAUCGGCGACAACUGUGGGCUUCUCCAUAUUUAUUGUGGGCUUUGUGACUCAGCUCGUGGUACAAGCAGGAUUUCCUUACACAGAUAGCAUCUCUAGCACUUUCCGUAGCAUCUGGUCAUUGUUUCCGCCUAAUCCUUUUGCUCAAGCUCUGACUCUGCUUUCAGAGGCAGUUGCAACUGCUGAAGAUGAUGGUGUUAGCUGGAGUAGGCGAGGAGAAUGUGCUCCCAACGAUGAAGAAUGUGUGAUAACAAUUAAUGAUAUUUAUAGUUGGCUUCUGGCUACGUUCUUUAUAUGGUUUAUUCUGGCCAUCUACUUUGACAAUAUUAUCCCAGAUUCAUCGGGUGUGAGGAAGUCCGUGUUAUACUUUCUAAAUCCCAGUUAUUGGACAGGAAAAGGAGGACAGAAAGUGAAAGAGGGUGGGGUUUGUAGUUGCUUCGUUUCAGUCCCACAUGCAGAGCAUAGUACACCAGAUGAUGACGAUGUCCUUGAAGAAGAAAAUGCUGUGAAACAGAAACUAGCACAAGGUGUGGUUGACACAAAUGUAGCUGUUCAAAUACAUGGCAUUGUGAAGACAUAUUCUGGUGCAUUUAACAUUGGUUGCUGCUGUAAAUGUAAAAGAAGUACUCCUUACCAUGCCAUCAAGGGGUUGUGGGUGAACUUUGCAAAGGAUCAGUUGUUUUGUCUUUUAGGACCCAAUGGAGCUGGCAAGACUACAGCUAUCAAUUGUUUGACAGGGAUAAUUCCAGUAACAGAUGGAGAUGCAUUAAUUUAUGGACAUUCCAUCCGAAGCUCCAUAGGGAUGUCAAACAUUCGAAAGCUUAUCGGAGUAUGCCCCCAGUUUGAUAUCCUAUGGGAUGCACUAUCUGGCCAAGAACACCUCCAACUCUUUGCUAGUAUGAAAGGCCUACCCCCAACUUCCAUAAAAUCAAUUACCCAUACAUCAUUGGCUGAGGUGAGACUUACAGAUGCAGCCAAAGUGAGAGCUGGAAGUUACAGUGGAGGAAUGAAGCGUCGUCUCAGUGUUGCAAUUGCUCUUAUUGGUGACCCUAAAUUAGUCAUUUUGGAUGAACCGACUACUGGUAUGGAUCCAAUAACGAGGAGGCAUGUGUGGGACAUAAUUGAAAAUGCAAAAAGAGGGCGUGCCAUUGUUCUUACAACACAUUCUAUGGAAGAAGCUGACAUUUUAAGUGACCGCAUAGGAAUCAUGGCAAAGGGAAGGCUCCGCUGCAUUGGCACCUCAAUCAGAUUAAAGUCACGCUUUGGAACUGGUUUUAUUGCUAAUAUCAGCUUCAAUGGAAACAAUAUUGAAAACAAUCCUGCAAAUGGAGAUGCAAUAUCACCAGAACAUCGUGAGGCUGUAAAGCAAUUCUUCAAGAAUCAUUUAGAUGUAGUGCCAAAAGAGGAGAACAAUAACUUCCUUACUUUUGUGAUUCCUCAUGACAGAGAGGCACGCUUGACGAACUUUUUUUCGGAGCUCCAAGAUAGAGAAGAAGAAUUUGGCAUAUCUGACAUUCAGCUUGGUCUCACAACUCUUGAAGAAGUCUUCUUGAACAUUGCAAAACAAGCAGAGCUGGAAAGUGCUGCAGCUGAAGGGAGCUUAGUAACUCUGACUUUAACAUCUGGAGAGUCUGUUCAGAUUCCUGUAGGAGCUAGGUUUGUGGGAAUUCCAGGAACAGAGUCUGCAGAAAACCCCACAGGUUGUAUGGUAGAAGUAUACUGGGAGCAAGAUGAUACUGGUGCCCUAUGUAUUAGUGGUCACUCUCAGAAAGUUCCAAUUCCUCAAAGUGUUGAGCUAUCAACAACUCCUACUACAAGACCCCAUAGAAAUUUAGGCCGCUCAGAAUCAGUACAUGGGGUUGUGAUUGAUCCCAGUCAAGUUAGCUCAGUCAAUUUUCAGUGAUCCCAAAAAGUAAGAAUUUAACAUCAGAGAAUAAAAUACAAAAUUAUAGCCAUAAGUUUAAAAAUAAAUGCUCGACACUUAUACCGGUAUAAAGUUACUUGUUCGGAUUCAUUCCCCUUUCUUCUUUUACUAGUUUUUAACCCGUGCCUUGCACGGGGGAAUUUGUUCUUAUUUUUUUUAAAAAAAAUUGUUUAAUAUUUAUUUAUUAAUUAUAGUUACGUUCU